UGGGCCUGACUGGGCGAGGCCGGGCGGGAAAACGUUAAGGGAGCUGUAAACGGGGCUCGGGGUCCCGGGAGGGCAAGGGCGCCCGGGCGGGCUUCUGGCCCGAUGAAGAACCAGGCUGCUGGGACGGUGCUCCUCAGAGGAGGCCUCAGGCCGUCCCGUCCGGCUGCCAGCGCUUCCGGAAAAACAGCCCCGGGCGCCGCCCAGCAUGCCGGGCACCCGGCGCGGAGUGCAGCCGCCGGCCCUCGGAGACGUCGGGCGGUCCGGGGAGGCGCGGGCACCGGCGGGAUGUGGUAGCACGUGACACCGGCCUCGGCGCGCUCCUUGACUGGACGCCGGUCCCCUGCCCUGAACGCGCAGAAUGAAUGACAUGAACUUGAGCCCAGUGGGGAUGGAGCAGCUGUCUUCAUCCUCUGUGAGCAAUGCCCUGCCAGUUUCAGGAAGUCACCUGGGUUUGGCUGCCUCUCCCUCUCACAGUGCCAUCCCUGCCCCAGGUCUCCCAGUGGCCAUUCCAAACCUGGGUCCCUCCCUGAGCUCUCUGCCUUCGGCUUUGUCUCUGAUGCUCCCUAUGGGCAUUGGAGACCGAGGAGUGAUGUGUGGGUUACCUGAAAGAAACUACACCCUACCUCCACCACCUUACCCUCACCUAGAGAGCAGUUACUUCAGAACCAUUCUACCUGGCAUUUUAUCUUACUUAGCUGACAGACCGCCUCCUCAGUAUAUCCACCCCAACUCUAUAAAUGUUGAUGGGAAUACAGCGUUAUCCAUCACCAACAACCCUUCUUCAUCACUAGAUCCCUAUCAGGCCAAUGGAAAUGUUGGAUUAGAACUAGGCGUUGUUUCAAUAGACUCUCGCUCUGUGAACGCACAUGGUGCCCAAAGUCUUCAUCCUAAUGAUGGCCAUGAAGUGGCAUUGGACACAACAAUCACUAUGGAGAAUGUUUCUAGGGUCACCAGCCCAAUCUCCACAGAUGGAAUGGCAGAAGAGCUUACCAUGGACGGUGUUGCAGGAGAACAUUCCCAAAUCCCAAAUGGCUCCAGAAGUCAUGAACCUCUCUCUGUGGAUUCUGUGAGCAACAAUCUUACAGCAGACACUGUAGGUCACGGUGGUGUGAUACCCAUUCAUGGGAAUGGUCUGGAGCUUCCUGUGGUCAUGGAGACAGACCACAUUGCAAAUCGGGUCAAUGGGAUGUCAGACAGUGCCCUCAGUGAUUCCAUCCACACUGUGGCCAUGAGCACCAACUCUGUAAGCGUGGCACUCUCUACCUCACACAACCUUGCCUCCCUAGAAUCUGUUUCCCUCCAUGAAGUUGGCCUUAGCCUAGAGCCUGUGGCUGUCUCUUCCAUCACGCAAGAGGUUGCUAUGGGGACAGGUCAUGUAGAUGUACCCUCCGAUAGCUUGACUUUUGUACCACCUUCACUGCACAUGGAAGACUCCAAUUCAAACAAGGAAAACAUGGCAACCUUGUUUACAAUUUGGUGCACUCUGUGUGACAGAGCCUACCCCUCAGACUGCCCUGAACAUGGACCAGUGACUUUUGUUCCUGACACACCAAUAGAGAGCAGAGCAAGACUAUCCCUCCCGAAGCAGCUUGUCCUCCGCCAGUCCAUUGUGGGAACAGAAGUUGGUGUAUGGACUGCAGAAACCAUUCCUGUGCGGACUUGCUUUGGGCCUCUAAUUGGUCAGCAGAGCCACUCCAUGGAAGUAGCAGAGUGGACAGACAAGGCCGUUAGCCAUGUCUGGAAGAUAUACCACAAUGGUGUUCUAGAAUUCUACAUCAUCACAACUGAUGAAAAUGAGUGUAAUUGGAUGAUGUUUGUGCGCAAGGCCAGGAGCCGUGAAGAACAGAAUUUGGUGGCCUAUCCCCAUGAUGGAAAAAUCUACUUCUGUACCUCACAAGACAUCCCUCCUGAAAAUGAGCUGCUUUUCUAUUAUAGCCGGGAUUAUGCUCAACAGAUUGGUGUUCCUGAACACCCAGAUGUGCACCUCUGUAACUGUGGCAAGGAGUGCAAUUCCUAUUCAGAGUUCAAAGCUCAUCUGACCAGCCAUAUCCAUAACCAUCUCCCUAGCCAGGGCCACAGCAGCACCCAUGGGCCAAGCCACAGCAAAGAAAGGAAGUGGAAGUGUUCAAUGUGCCCUCAGGCUUUUAUCUCUCCUUCCAAACUCCACGUUCACUUUAUGGGUCAUAUGGGUAUGAAGCCUCACAAGUGUGAUUUUUGUAGCAAGGCUUUUAGUGAUCCAAGCAACCUACGGACACACCUCAAAAUACAUACAGGUCAGAAGAAUUACAGGUGUACUUUGUGUGACAAGUCUUUCACCCAGAAAGCUCACCUAGAGUCGCACAUGGUCAUCCACACGGGCGAGAAGAAUCUCAAGUGUGAUUACUGUGACAAGCUGUUCAUGCGGCGACAGGACCUCAAGCAGCAUGUACUCAUCCACACACAAGAACGCCAGAUCAAGUGUCCGAAGUGUGAUAAACUGUUCUUGAGAACAAACCACUUGAAGAAGCAUCUCAAUUCUCACGAAGGAAAGCGAGAUUAUGUCUGUGAAAAAUGUACAAAAGCUUAUCUGACCAAGUACCAUCUCACUCGCCACCUGAAGACCUGCAAAGGGCCCACCUCCAGUUCCUCGGCCCAGGAGGAGGAAGAAGAUGACGACUCUGAGGAAGAAGAUCUCACAGACUCCUUAAGGACGGACGACUGUAGGAUGAGCAGUGCUAUUUACUCAACAGAUGAGUCUCUGUCCACACAUAAAUAAAAGGAAAGAGCAACUGCUUUGGAUGGAACAUACAUUGGGAAAACACAAAACCAACCCAUUGCAGUGUUUUGUUUUUCUUUUUUAAUUUAUUUAUGAUUCCAAAUUAAUGUUAAUCAACGAGUCGAUACAAAUUUGUUCUCCUCUCCCUGAGAAUGCACUUUGAAGCUGGCUCCUUGAAGCAUUAAUGUCUUCAUCUGU